AUGGGUAAAGUUCAGGAGUUUGAGAUCGCGUUUGACAAAAAUAAAGUGGUGUACAGUCCUGGAGAGUCUAUCACAGGAACCGUGACUGUUAAACUGGGCCAGCAGCUACAAUGUAAAGCCGUCAAGGUGAACUGCAACGGUUUCUGCGGCAUCACCAGCAAAGAGAACGACACAGCUUGGACGACGGAGGAGCAGUACUUCAACAGCACCGUCUCCAUCUCAGACAAAGGAACCCUGAAACAAGGAGAACACAAGUUUCCCUUCAAGUUCCUCAUUCCAGCCUCUGCUCCAACAUCCUUCGAAGGCAACUACGGUAAGAUCGUGUACAGAGUGAGAGCUUUCAUCGACACGCCGCGAUUCGCCAAAGACUACAACACAGAGAAACCCUUCUUCCUCCUCAGCCUCUUCAACCUGAACCAAGUGCCAGACAUAUGGGGUACCAGUUCCUCUGCAGUGACCCAGCAGUUCACCUACAUGCUGGUGAAGACGGGCACUGUGGUCCUGAAGGCCCAGACCGACAUGAAGGGCUACACACCAGCUCAGAUCAUCCAGGUGACGGCCAACAUCCACAACCAAUCGGGCAAGAGCACGGGCAAUAUAAUGGCCAGUCUGAUGCAGAGAGUAACCUACGAGACCAAAAAGCCCACCCAUGAUAUGAGGGCGAUAGCAGAGGUGGAGGGCGGUACGGUGAAGGCCGGCAAGGAGGUGGAGUGGAAGGAGCAGAUCAUCGUUCCUCCUCUUCCUCAGUCCUGCCUCGCUGGCUGUGAACUUAUAAAGAUUGAAUAUUUUGUCAAAGUCAGUCUGAAGUCUCCAGACGUCAUGUUGACGUUACCGCUCCACAUUGGCAACGUCUCCCUGGACAAAAAACUUCAACCCUCCAACAAAGCAGCUCCUCCUUCUUCCUCCGCCCCUGCCGAACACACACCAACCCCCGCCUCAGCCCCCGACGGCUCCACCCCCGUCUCAGCCCCCGACGCCUCCGCUUCUGCCACCACCCCCACCUUACCCCCUCGGCGCGCCCCGAAACCCGCUCCCCGCCCGGCCCCCCGCGCCAGAUCGUCCUCCCAUAAUAACACCCCAAGCGCUCCUCCGGCCGAGUUCUACGAGGGAGCGGAGGGGGGCGCGCCCAUGAGCGACGGCGUCCCCAACAAGCGCCAGUCUCUGCUCGUGUCGCCCAACGCCUUCAGCUACGCCCCCGGCCUCUUCUUCCCCCAGAACCAGCAGCCCGGCGGUUCCGCUGCAGGACCCGGCGGACCUCCGUUCAGCGGCUCCACAGGGGCCACAUCACUUUAUCCUCCUCUGAACAAUGUCAGCCCGAUGCCGGCCUCACUCGUCCUGCCUCCAGACUACGACACCUCUGCAUAUCCACAAGAGGCUCCUCCUUCCUACGACGAGAGCUUCAACACAUGA